UGGCUUACAAUUCGUAGUUCGAAAGAAGACGGAGGAAAAGGUUCGUACGUCAACGGGAGGAAUUAAAACGAGAUCCAAAGAUGUCUCGAAGGGCGGCAAUUACAGCAAUAAAUUGGACAGCGCUUGCCGAGCGAGUCCCGGAAUCUGAAAAAGCGUCAUUUUCCGCUUUUAGAGCUAAAUCUGAUCAAAUUUUGCAACGCAUGGUGGCUCAUCCUGAAGCUCCACCAGCAAUUGAUUGGGAAUAUUAUAAGAAACAUGUUUCAGCUACUAAUUUAGUGGAUAAAUUUCAGAAAGAAUUUCAAGCACUAUCUGUUCCAUAUCCAGCUGAUAAAUACACAGCUGACAUUGAGGCAAAAAAGCAGGAAUCGGCUAAAGAAAUAGAAGCAUUUACAGAAGAGGCCAAUAGAGCUAUUAAGGAAAUUGAAUUAGGAGGAAAUAACAUAAAGAAUAUGUUACCAUUCAAUUUAAUGACAAUGGAGGAUUAUGCUAUCUUAUAUCCAGAAGGUACCUGGAGUAAAACGAAUAUUUCAUUAUGGCCUCAUACAGAAGAUGCUCAAGAUUCUCCUGAGGAUGACCUAGAACCUGAUGAUGAUCAUUAAGUUCACAUGUUGAGAAUUAUCAUAGUCCUGUAAUAUUGAACAUUAAUAAUCAAAUUUUGGCUUUGAAUUAUUA